AGCUUGAACAGACUCACUUGAGGAGAGAAACUGAGAGCAAUUGAAGCACAUCCAGAACAGUCGAAGUUCGCUUUUCCGUGAACGGACAGCUCGCAUUAGGAUGUCUUCGAACCCGGUACCUCCGGCUCUCUGUACCAGCUCGACCGUGUGGAGUCCAGGUUCUGACGAGGAAAGCAGUUACUCAUCUGAAGAUGAAGAAGACAUUCAGUGUCAGAUACUGGCGAAGGAGAGGGAUGAGGCUACUGAAAAGCUGACGGAGAUUGAACAGGUGUCUGCACAGCUCCUGAAAGAAAUGGAUGCCCUGGAGAUACAGUUCCACAUCGAGCGUUCGUGUCGGGAGAGCGCUGAGGCCUUCGCACUGAAGAUAACGAAGGAGAACAAAGCUCUGAAGCGAAGGAGCCAAGCCCUGCUGCCGCUGAUCCCAGAGAUUCCUGAAAAUUUGGACGUUCUGACGCUUGACUUUGAAAAUGACCUUGGGGCAGGAGAGAUCUCUGACAGCAGUGUGGCAUCUGAUCUGCAAUGGCAGUCCCAGAUCAGAGACCUGCAGAGUUCUCUGGACCAGCUCCUUGGGGAGAAGAUGCAGCUGUCUGAACAGGUGGAGACGCUGAAGAGAGAGCAGGCCGAACUCAACGAACAGCUAGCUGUAGAGAGGGAGGAGAGGGAGGCCAUGAUGAGGAGGUUCAAUAGGCAGAGCAGAACCAUGCACAAAGUGAAAAGAGUGUCCCAACGGGCCGCUCAGGAGUUCAACGACAUCACCCAGAGACUGCAGAUGGAGAAGGGGCUCCGCCAGCAUGCUGAGGCCUUCGCCCAACAGAUGCUGUUGAAGCAGAAAGAGACCCAGAGGCAGAGUAUGGUCCUGAUGCAGAGCUCAGAAACUGGCCCUCAGCUCCAGCAGGCCCUGGAGCAGGUGGCACACAUCAGCAGUGCCCUGGAAGAGAUACGUCUUCAACGUCAGAGCCAGGUGGUCCAGACACAGGCUGCCCUGGAGGAGACCAGCAUGAUGUCGGAGCUGCAGAGUGUCAGAGCCCUGCUGGAGAGAAGCGAGGAGGAGAAGGCAGAGAUCCAGACACAGCUGAGCGAUGCCCAGCACACCGUCGCCCAGCUGCAGGAGGAGGUGAAGCAGCUUCAGGAUAGGGUGAAACAAAUAUCAGAGGUCCCGCCCACUCAAAUAGGCCAAUCGCAGGAAGAAGCCUCAACCCCUGCUCCACCUCCCCCUCCUCCUCCUCCUCCUCCUCCUCCUCCACCACUACCACCACCUUCAGCUGUGGUUGACCCAUUGGAUGCCCUGAGAAAAAGAAAGAAGAAUGGAACCAACCCCACAAGCGUCAAUGGGCAACCACCUUCAUGUGACAUUAAGGCCAGAGCGGUGGAUGAAAUGAUGGAGCGCAUCAAGAAGGGAAUCGCGCUGAGACCCACCCAGAGACCACAUCAGGUUGGGUCAGAGGACGACAGUGCCUGGAGGGAUCAGAAUUCUGAGAAAAGGAAGUCUGCAGUGUUUGAAUUGCAAGGCAUGUUGGAGUCUAUGAAGCGGCCUGGCUUUAGGAGGGGGAUGUCCCGCAAGAGAAUCAGCCGCCAUGUUGGGGGGGCGGAGCUUCAGGCAGUCCUACAGAGGAGGAGGAGAGCCAUGGGGGAUGAGCAGACCUGUCCGACCCCACCAAAAGCCCAAGACCCACAAUCGUCAAGCCCCGCCGACACCACUGCGCCCUGGGCAGGAGAGAGCAGCGCCCCCGUCCUGCGGCGGCUGAAACAGAACCGGGAGAAGAGGAACUCCCGCAUCCGAAUCUCUGAGGGCGUCAUCUGGGGGGACAGCUGAAGCCUGCAAACGGGAGGGAGAAGGAAGGAGGGAGAGAGAGGGAAGGAGGGAGGGAGAGAGAG